AAUUGUCUUAUGUAUUUGUAUUGAUUGACUUCUUCCAUUAAAUAAUUAACAAUAAAGUGAAAAAAUAAAAAUAUAUCGCCCUCGUGAAACAACAUCCAAUUAAAAUAAUUACGAUAUCUGAACGGUAAUUUAGUUUUCAAAUUGUAAAGAAGAUACAUCAGCAACCAUUCGAAUAUAUUGUUGCUGUAAACUUGCAUGUCUCAGAAGAGGUGCUGAUGUUGUGUAGUUUAUACGUUUUAGACUUUGACUAUCAAUUUUUCACCAGUUCAUGCAGUAAAGAACCAAAAAAAAGUAGCCACAUUUAAACAGGUUAUAUACCUCUGUUUUCGUCUGUUAUGUCUGAUAGUUACAGUGAAUUUGGAGCACCAUUGCAAUCAGCCACUAAUUCUAAUAACGUUGUUACAAUUGUCGGUGAAUGUGCGUACAAAUGCAUUCAAUUUGCUUUUUUCAUUUUUAACGCAUUUUACUUCAUUGUAGGCGGAACUGUGUUAUCGUUUGGUAUUUGGCUACACAUUAAUCGCAAAUUAGGAGUUGUUGAGUACGUUCAUUUAACUGGAUUGAGUGUGUACCUCAAUGGAGAACUAUUUCUAAUUGUAGUCGGAAUAGUAACGUGUCUAUCUUCAACAAUUGGUUUCUGUGGUUUACGUGGAACAAACUUGUGUAUAAUUGUAUCUUACACAGUUUUAUUACUUAUAACUUUAGCCGCCCAAUUAGCUGUGUUAGUAAUAACAAACAUAUAUAAAGAUCACAUUGAAAAACAACUAAGUAGUAGUUUUUACAACGCUUUAAACAAAUACGCCGAACCAAAUUUUGAGAGCCUUACACAGUCUAUCGAUUCGCUUCAAAAGAGUUUCGGCUGUUGUGGAAGUGACACUUACAAAGAUUGGCUAAAAACAAACUGGGGUUAUCUUCAUAACAACACUGUCCCAAAAAGUUGUUGCUUGAUGCCUUAUGAGAAGUUAUGUAACAAAAAUAUUUCCGAAAAUCAAAGCUAUAUUUAUUCGAACGGUUGUCAUUACUUCAUUCGGAAAUACUUAAUAGAAAACUUACAUAUAAUUGGUGGAUUUGGUGUUUGGAUAAUAAUUUUAGAAGUAUUAUGUAUUUUUUUCUCAAUCUAUUUGAUUAUUCAAAUAAGAAAAGAAGAAAGCAAUGCAAAAAUAGGACAGUUAGAAGAUUUUUACGACGAAAAUUAUUUUAAAGACGAAUAAAUGACGAGUCUGACGGUGAACGACAUAAAAUCCUGAUAAAGUUGAUUUAAAUAAAUGCGUAUUUAUCUUUAAAUUAAAGAUUAGAAUCUAUUCUAAUAUAUUUUAUUAGAAUUUAAUUAUAUUAAUUCUAUCCUGACGUAUUUUUUACUUAAGCCUUUUUUAGUAAAUUAAAAAUUAUUUUAGUAAAAUGUUUAUAUGAACCAAAGCUAGCUUGUGACCAAGUCGUCUAAUAUGGCCAUCCAAUCAAAAAAUAGUUUUUUUAACUUCAAUGUUUUUAUUUUUUGAUUUGCUUUUUAAAAACAACUAAGAAUGUGAAAGAUUGGAAAAGAAAAUUACAUUUGGUGCAA